GGACUUCCCUCUGAGGCAGAUAGCUGGCAUGUUGUGUCAGGGCGGUCCCCCGAGGAAGAGUGCUGGAUGCAUUUGGAUGACGGUUCCGCAAACGCCGAGGUUUUUGUGUACGAGAAAAAUUUAAGGAUAUAUUCGAGAAAGUUUGUAUCCUAAGGAACUCUACAUUCUAAAGUUUGUAGGAUGAGAAAUUCCUGCCUGGCCCUAUUCAAAGAUGGAGGCGCAGCUUUUCUGACUGUUUCACUUUCUCGUAUCAGCCAGAGAAGCGCUCUCUGAUUGGCUAGAGCAUGGCGCCGCGAAAUGACGUUUUGGAGCAGUGACCAAUCGACUGUGAGCUGAGGUGGACUUGGCGGUGGAAGCCGGAGCCGAGCUCUGGUGUCCGUGGGGCGCGGAAGGCUCUGUCCAGGUGAGCGGCUCCGGACAGUUUCCUUUUAGGCCAUGGCAACGUAUCUGGAAUUCAUUCAGCAGAAUGAAGAACGAGAUGGUGUGCGUUUCAGUUGGAACGUGUGGCCUUCUAGCCGCCUUGAAGCCACAAGAAUGGUUGUUCCCUUGGCUUGUCUUCUCACGCCUUUAAAAGAACGCCCAGACUUACCUCCGGUUCAGUAUGAACCGGUGCUCUGCAGUCGGCCCACCUGCAAAGCUAUUCUCAAUCCACUUUGUCAAGUGGAUUACCGAGCAAAACUUUGGGCCUGCAAUUUCUGUUUUCAAAGAAAUCAGUUUCCCCCAGCAUAUGCAGGCAUAUCUGAGGUGAAUCAGCCUGCUGAAUUGAUGCCCCAGUUUUCCACAAUCGAGUACAUGAUCCAGAGAGGUGCUCGGUCCCCUCUGAUCUUUCUCUAUGUGGUUGACACGUGUUUGGAGGAAGAUGACCUUCAAGCACUCAAAGAGUCCCUGCAGAUGUCGCUGAGUCUCCUUCCUCCGGAGGCCCUGGUUGGGCUUAUCACUUUUGGGAGGAUGGUGCAGGUUCACGAGCUCAGCUGUGAAGGAAUCUCCAAGAGCUACGUCUUCCGGGGGACCAAGGAUUUAACUGCAAAACAAAUACAGGAGAUGCUGGGCCUGACCAAGCCAGCUAUGCCCGUGCAGCAAGCUAGACCUCAGCCUCAGGAGCAGCCUUUUGUUUCCAGCAGAUUUCUACAGCCCAUUCACAAGAUUGACAUGAACCUCACAGAUCUUCUCGGGGAGCUGCAGAGGGACCCAUGGCCGGUAACUCAGGGGAAGAGACCACUGCGAUCCACUGGUGUUGCUUUGUCCAUUGCUGUUGGCUUGUUGGAGGGGACUUUCCCAAAUACUGGAGCCAGGAUCAUGCUGUUCACUGGCGGGCCCCCGACUCAGGGACCUGGCAUGGUGGUUGGAGAUGAAUUGAAGACUCCUAUUCGUUCCUGGCACGAUAUUGAGAAAGAUAAUGCACGGUUCAUGAAGAAGGCAACCAAGCAUUAUGAGAUGCUUGCCAAUCGAACUGCUACAAAUGGUCACUGCAUUGAUAUUUAUGCUUGUGCCCUUGACCAAACUGGACUUCUGGAGAUGAAGUGCUGUCCAAAUCUUACAGGUGGCCACAUGGUGAUGGGAGAUUCUUUCAACACUUCUCUUUUCAAGCAGACAUUCCAAAGAAUUUUUAGUAAAGACUUCAACGGAGAUUUCAGAAUGGCGUUUGGUGCUACAUUGGAUGUAAAGACUUCUCGGGAACUGAAGAUUGCAGGAGCCAUUGGUCCAUGCGUGUCUCUGAAUGUGAAAGGACCAUGUGUGUCAGAAAAUGAGCUCGGUGUCGGUGGCACAAGUCAGUGGAAGAUCUGUGGCCUGGAUCCCUCAUCUACUCUUGGCAUCUACUUUGAAGUUGUCAAUCAGCACAAUGCCCCGAUUCCCCAGGGAGGCAGAGGUGCCAUCCAGUUUGUCACACAAUAUCAGCAUUCCAGCACUCAGAAGCGCAUCCGAGUGACCACCAUUGCCCGCAAUUGGGCAGAUGCACAAAGUCAGCUGAGGCACAUAGAGGCAGCAUUUGACCAGGAGGCUGCGGCAGUCUUGAUGGCACGACUUGGAGUGUUCCGAGCAGAGUCAGAGGAGGGGCCUGAUGUGCUCCGGUGGCUGGAUCGACAACUCAUCAGACUGUGUCAGAAGUUCGGGCAGUAUAACAAAGAAGACCCCACGUCUUUCAGAUUGUCAGACUCCUUUUCUCUGUAUCCUCAGUUCAUGUUCCAUCUGAGAAGAUCUCCGUUUCUUCAAGUGUUUAACAACAGUCCUGACGAGUCGUCCUACUAUAGACACCAUUUUGCCCGGCAGGAUCUGACUCAGUCCCUCAUUAUGAUCCAGCCCAUUCUCUAUUCUUACUCCUUCCAUGGGCCUCCAGAGCCUGUGCUCCUGGACAGCAGUAGCAUUCUAGCUGACAGAAUUCUGCUGAUGGAUACUUUCUUCCAAAUUGUCAUUUAUCUUGGCGAGACCAUAGCCCAGUGGCGGAAGGCUGGAUACCAGGACAUGCCUGAGUAUGAAAACUUCAAGCACCUUCUGCAGGCACCACUGGAUGAUGCCCAAGAAAUUCUGCAAGCACGCUUCCCAAUGCCACGUUAUAUCAACACAGAGCAUGGCGGCAGUCAGGCUCGUUUCCUGUUGUCUAAAGUUAACCCAUCUCAGACACACAAUAACCUGUAUGCUUGGGGACAGGAAACUGGAGCGCCCAUCCUGACAGACGAUGUCAGCCUCCAGGUGUUCAUGGAUCACUUGAAGAAGCUGGCUGUGUCCAGUGCCUCUUAGGCUGGUAGCCCAGCCUGGAAGUGGAAGACUGCUGUCAGACUGUGCUCACGUUGGUGACAGCAUCCUAGCAACAUGCAGCUUUCUGGAAGAUUCUAAUAAAUAACCCAAGGGAUUUUUUAUAUGUAUGUCUUCAGGUUAUAAUAUGUCUUCAGGUUAUAAUUUAUUUGUAUUCUCUGUCUGUUUUCCUAUACAUGAAAUUAUAUGUGAUAAAUGUUCUGCUAAUUGUAGAUGUUUACUUACUUUUUGUACCUUAAUGUUUUAGAGUCUAUAAAAUCGAGUUUAUGUAUUUUUGGCUGCUUGUUUAAAUCUUAAUGAUCAUAAAGGAAAUAAAUCUGGGUGAGGAUGGUGUUGGCCAAAAUAAUACUAAUGCAGAUUUUGUCUCAGAGUGAGUGAGUGAGUGAGUGUGUGUGUGUGUGUGUGUGUGUGUGAGAGAGAGAGAGAGAGAGAGAGCAUGCACAUUCCUGUUCAUGAAGGUUAGAGGACAGCAUACUGACGGUGGUUCUCUCCUCCUAUGUUGUGGGUCCCAGGAAUGAGACCCUUAAGUCUUGGUGCAUGUCUCUAUCUGCUCAGCAGUCUCACUUCCCCACAGGGAAGAAAAGGAGUCCAAGCUGAGCCUGAAAGACACGAACUGGAUGUCAGGCUGCCUGGACUGGUGACAGUUGUCCACCUUUUGAGUUCAUAUUUGUUCUCCUGUAGGAGCAUUUACUAUGCAACAGUUACAUUUUAGAUGUCAAAAAGUUAUAUAAUAUUUCCUUUUUGGGGGGACUUUUUGUGUAAUUUACUUAUAGAGGAGUAUAUAAAACUUUUAAGUAGAUCAGAACUGAAAUGUCCUCAUUGGACCUAUCUAUACAAAUUAACUGUGGAGAGCAUAUGGUGCUCUCUCUCUCUUGUCUUGGCCAGGCAUUCAUUCUCUCAGUAAAAUGAGGUGAGAGCGCUCCAAGCUACUGGUAUGGCAGACAGCGGCCGUACAGUCCCACUUCCGGGUUCCAGUGGGAGUGCAGAGUUGAGUGCUUGCUCAGUGGGCACCCCUGAGUCCAGUGUACCUCAUGAAGACUUGGAGCUCUGUUUGAAAUCAAGGCAAGGCUCUCUCAUUUACCUCAGGCAGGGGCUGAAGCACUCAGUUCUGGGAGGACAAACUAGGACUUGAGUGGCGGGAAGGAUCAGAGAGAAAAGUGAGUCUUAAACCAGAGCAGGGUGUUCCGUGAAAUAACAGAGGAGGAGGGGUCAGCAUUUCUGGCUUUGCAAUCAUUGCCUUAAUUAGGGAAGAGGAAACGAAAGUUUGUUUCUUGUGUACAGCAUUCAUAAAUACUGUACGUUUUAAGGAAUUUGGUUGUUACACACUAGAAGGACUGAGCAGGCCGACAGUCUGGAUUUGUAUACAACAGAGACUAGAGAGACUAAAAGGUUGUUAUAGGUAACGAGCAGUUGAUGAGAGUGGGAAGAAAGACAAGUGUGAAAUAAUACAAUUAUUCAGCUACUUAGAGCUUCAUUGAGAUAGAUUUUACAUACAAUAUCUUCACCCAGUUAAGCGUACAAUUCAUUCAAUUUUGCUAGAUGAAACCCAUGUGGUGGCCAUAGACAUCUGACCAGCUUUCUCCCUAUAUAUAUCUGUUUACUUUUAGGGUUUUUGUCUUGUUUGUUUUUCUUUUACCCUAAUCCAUCUGAGAUUCAUACACAUUGUCAAGUGGUAUACUACUUUUUAACCUGACUUUUACUCAGAUUUUUGAGUGGUUUCUCCUUUGGUUACUGUGAAUAAAAUGUAUCUGAACACCGUA